AUGUUAGAAAAAUUGGCGAAAAAUAAGCAAAAACCGAUUUCAUCGGAUACAGGAGAGAAAUUAGCAAAAGAACUGAAGGCAGUCAAAUAUGUGGAGUGCUCCGCUCUUACUCAGAAAGGGCUGAAGAAUGUGUUUGACGAGGCAAUAAUGGCUGCUUUGGAACCACCACCAAUUGAAAAGAAGAAAAAGUGUACGUUGCUGUAA